AUGACUUACGAUCUACACGGGAACUGGGACUCAGUAACGGGACAUCAUACUGCCAUGGCGGGGGAUGACAAAAUGACUGUUCCGUUUGCGGUCCAGUACUGGAUUGACAAAGGAUUUCCAGCAAACAAGAUUGCUCUUGGACUUGCUCCGUAUGGAAGAGCAUUUGCACUGAAAGACCCAAGCAAUAAUGGCCUUGGCGCUCCUAAGCAUGGUUGGCAGAAACCCCACGAAGGACCAUAUACCCGCGAAGCUGGCUUUCUGGCUUACUACGAAAUCUGUAAACUUGGUUUGAACAUUGUCAACGAUAAUAAAGUUAAGGCACCUUACGGCUACAAACAUACAAUCUGGGUGGGUUUCGACAACAAGGACAGCCUGCACCUCAAGGUGAACAAGCUGAUAAUGAAAAAGGGUCUGAAAGGAGCGAUGUUUUGGGCUCUCGACUUGGACGAUUUUAGAGGAUCCCAAUGUGGGGAGGGCCCAUAUCCCUUGAUUAACGCUGUGAAGAAGUAUCUAGGUGGCUCAGUGCCUCCUCCUCGUCCCACUGAUGUAAUACCGGCACCUACUACAAAAAAGCCAAUGCCACCAACCGAAGGACCGGAGCCACCAACCGACGGACCACAGCCAACUACAAUCACCGACCGACCGGUUCCUACUACUGAAAAGCCCACUGCUUCUCCUAGUGGUUGCGUGGCAGUCCCACCUUAUGACACAGCACCAGGUAUGGUCGCAUGGUGCGUAGCAAAUUGUGCGGCUGGAUACUGCCCGGCUUCUCACUGUAAAUGCAAUUAAAUCUACAAUUAAUAAAACAAAGAUGAAAUAAAAAGCAUCGGCGAUAAAUAACGUCCGCAUUCAUUAUUUUCCUCUGGGAGGUUCUAAUGACAGAGGAGUGCUUCCUAAUGGUUUUUGCUGACAUGAUUGCGAGGCUGAUCCCGACCUUUGACCUCCUUGGGUGGCGAAAUCCAUAUAACCUGCAAUACGUGCGCAUUUUUGAGCGGAAAUUUGGCUUAUUUCUAACGAGUUGUCAUGUUAGAACCUAGCUUUUUUGUCAACUCUCUCCAAAAACAAGACACAAUUCUUUCAAGAUUGCCAUAAACGAAAGGUUUAUAAUCUCUCGAAAAAAUGCAAAGCAAGAAAUUCAAAGGAGUUAGCGAACGUGCAAGUCCUUUUUUUUUUUUUCCAACGUUAACUUCCUAUGAGAAUCUUCGCGAUAUAUUUCGAACUACUGCUCUUUAUCUCGUCGGAGCUGAUAAUUUAUUCAACUCUUUCACUAUCUGUAGACGACCAAGCAUUUGACGGGUCAUCGGUUGGAAUGAAGAACACGAUAGCUUCCUUGUAGGCUUUCUUUUUCAGUUGCUCGUUCAAACUAGUAUUAAUUACGCUUGUCCAAUACUCUUUCUCUCGUAACACUGUUUUUAGCCACGUUGUUCGCUGGGGUUAAAAUGAUAGAUGGCUUUCUCGCACACCGUGAGGAUUGACCACUAGUUUCUCAGAUAUGCACCAAACAACGGAUUUAAGGUUAAUCUCUUCUCAGUUAAGAAGAACAGCCGAACACAAGCCUUAAAACCCUCGUCAUCUAUAAUCUUGGGUUCUUGCCUCACCACAACAUAUCACUGCGGACGCUUCCAUUGUAAAUAAGAGGAAAAUCACAGCUUUUGCAAGAUAUUAUCGUUAGUAAACAUGCGUACACUUUUUUCUUUUUCGAUAUACGUUUAACCCAACCUGGUAGAAUUAGGGAAAAGAUUGGAAUGAAGUGAAAAUAUUUAAAUAAACAAAUAGACGAAUAGAUAAAUAGACGAGGAAUCUAAACACAUGCAAACUGGAACAAUAACUCUAACAGGAUAUCAUCAAGCGUCAAUUACUAUUUUUGAAGCAUCGAGGCAAUGCUUGUUUCUUCUGAGGUCUUGAAACGGAACGGGCAGUAGCAUAUAAUUCGAAGAUGAAUUUGUACCAUAUGGAUAUGAUUAGGACGACAUUGUUUCACUCGGACCUUAAGUGAUUAAGACGGUAUUAAUCACUCUCUUCCGCCACAUCUAUCAUCACAUGACAGUGAUUGGCAAUAUUAUGUUGCCAUUGAGCAGUACAUAACAACUUAUACCUCUCGCGCUCCUCUGAUGUCUCCAUACUUCCAACGUUGUCAUUAUCACCAUGCGUAGAAGUAUUUCCUGCCCAAUAGGUCCCGUAAGAACCAUGAAAGAUGCAUAUGCACCGGGUGCAAUAGCGCUAAGCUUUUCGCCAGGAAGGUGGGAUGUUUUCACCGUGCAUAGUACUUCGCUUUAAUGAAAGUAUAGAAAGUUUUCGUACCUUACGUUGGCUAUCAACAUUUUGUAAACCUUUUCUGCAGGCAUUCCCCUGUAAUCAUUGUGCUGUUACUUUUUUCAAAUGGAAUACUCGUGUUCACGGUGAGUAGCCUUCUUUUGACACUUCUGAUUUAUUGUACCUGCAGAAUACUACGGCAAAAUUUAGAUUUUUGAGGAACCUGAGGAGAAAGUCUUUGUAAAAAAUCAUUUGCAUUAAUUUUCAGCAAAUAUUUAAAAAGACCAGAUUAAACUCAUGUUUACAAAGCGAGCUUUCAUAGAAGAAAAAUAAGCUUGCCCGGAUUAAUAGGUAACUGUGGGACUAAUUUCAAAUACUAUAAAUGCCUGUGAUUCCGGUAGAAAGGACACCAUACGAUGAGAUGAAAUGUAAUCAGAGAUUAUUUACCCAAACAAGUGGUUUGUAUCAUCUUUUGCUCAAAUCAGAAUUAUGACAAGUAAUUCAUGGACGCUAAUAAUAAUUUGUCGAGCUGUAUUAGUUAAGUACACAGUCACACAUUGUUAACAUAAUAUUAUUGUUAAAAUCUUUAUAAGAUAAUGGGCGAAGGAACACAGAAAGAGACGUGAGUUGGGAGGGGAGGGGAUGCAGCGAGGGAUGCCUUACAAUGCUAUGUAUAUAGAUAGAAGUGUCCAAAUCGAAAAAGUCUACUUUCAAAUCUCCCCAUAAAGCUCUGAGAAUUUCGCUACAUAUGAUUUCUUUCCAACAAGCCUGGGUGCUCACUUUAAAAUGCACAUAUUUUUUUCUUUCAAUUUUUUAGGACAGUUUUGAACAUUGCUUUCCUGAUGUUCUCAUAUUCCCCACACCCACCCAGCUUGGUUCACCCUAAGGGUUGGAUAUUUGGCCAUAUUUGCGUGACCUUGGAUUGUCUGCCGGCGAGUGCCCCGCCGUUUCACCACUCUAUCGCCAAUCAAGCAUUCCACAUUCGUCUUGUUUCUAUAUUAGGAAGCUAAGCAACAUCAUAGCGUAACUCUAGCACUACUGAGCUUGCUCUUGAGUAUUAUUCGAUCUUGAUCUCAGGACAUCUUCUUGUCAGUUGAUGAACACGCAACUCUAAUUUACGCAAGUGCGCGACACUGGCUCUCAUGAUUAGUUGAUUAAAACCGCAAAUGUUUUUAAAAUCACCUGCUGUAAAUGAUCCGGAAAUCUAUUGAGGCAGAUGAUGUCAUUAGAUCGCAACUCACGAACUGCAGAUUUUCAUAUACGGUGUGCAUGGUCUUUGCAGAAGACUGAGUCAUAUAUCGAGCCUAACCACUACCACAGGAAUUGCAUCGUCUCUAUCUUAGUGACAAAAAGACUUACCACACAGGAAAAGCUCUCGAGACAUUCCUAAAAAUCCUGUCAUAGGAUCAGUAAAAGUUAUGAAAAGAAGAGUCUCUUUUACUGUGAUAUGACCGCAAGCAGAGAAAUGUGCGUUUGUCCUUGCCCUUUCAAAAUGAGCCUCGAGUACCUCUCAAAAUCUGAUCCCUAACUCUUACUGAUUUAAUUCUAACAAAACACUUGGCUAUCUGAUUCACGUCGGGGAAUUCCCUCAUUUACAGUCAUGAUGACAGCAUCGAUGUCAUUUAUAAAGUAACAGAUAUGAGGAAAAUGUGUCUCGCCCACAUUCCUUACGGAUGUCUGGACCGUUUAGCCUAGUGUCCUCUUUCAUCUACGUAUAAAAAGACGAGGGAAAGACUUUCAAUUAGCAGCCAUACAAAUAAUUUGAAGCAUGCGAUAACGCCACUGACUUAAUCCGAUUUUAACUGUCAUCAUCCUAAGCAGAAAUCACACAAAAGGAAAGACGGCUUGCGUUUUAAAGACAUUGCAAACCAGAUUUACGCUAUAUUUGUUUACGUGUGUGACAAAUUUUAGAUUUUGGGGGACAAGAAGUUUACUAUGAGGGUCUAAGCAUCAACCUAACUCCAAGCUGCUCGGAAGAGUGUAAACUGUGCUUACGGCCAGUGUUCUCGUACAUAAGUAACCCAGUUAAGAAUUACCAGACUGGGCCGGGAUUGAGGUGGCUUUGAUCUCUUUCCGGAAUACCUAGAGGUAGAUCACGUUUAAACAAAAUUAAGGCAUGUCAUGCUGUUUUUAAAAACAUUUUAUCUCGCUUAAAAUGUUCAGGGGGCUGAUACGGAGAACCGUCUGCGUAACGCUGACAGCCGGGAAUUUCAAAAUACGGCAGACGGCGAGGAGUUUUAUGAACCAUUUUACGAAUGGUCCGUGUGGAGUCCAUGCUCUCGCACCUGUGGGGUUGGCGUAAAGUUUCGAGGACAGCUAUGCCUCAGGUAAAAAAAUACUCCGAUUUUCUCUUGCCAAUGUGUAUUGCUGUGUGACUGCAGUGAUUCGCCGCGACUGCAAUAAUUCGCCGCUUUGAUUUCGCAACACGUUCUCUUUUCCCAAAUUAAUCCAAAUAUCUCAUUCCAUUCUCGAUUAGACGGUCUUAUUUCACAUGAAAGCGUUAGCUUAGAGGUGACUUAAUGUUUUUGCUCAACAGUCAUUUUUCUCACUACAUUUUGCAAUAAACAGGAAGAACAAGGCUUUGUGUCAAAAGAAAUCCAGGAUUUAUCAAACAUGUAAUACCCAGGUACGUCCCAAAAUCCUCUAUUCAUGAAUACAGCUAUGCUAUACCGUUAAAUCGUCAAUGCAAACUGUUCAGGCAAACAGCCUGAUUAGUCGAAGGACCGGCAGAUACUUACAGACAAAGUCUAAGUAACUGAUAUACAACAAGCAAAGACAGAAAAUACAUGGAAAAUUUAGAUUGCUGCUUAAUGUGCUGAUGUGCUGAAGAAAAUACAUGACGCCACAUUAUUCAUCCCACAGCCUUGCCCCAAAGAAAGCGAGAAUUUCCGUGAUGUACAGUGUGCAUCGUACAACGGAAGAGAUAUAUUUAUCAAUGGUGAAAGAGCAAAAUGGAAGUCAUAUAGUCGAGGUAAUUGUCAUAAAUGUAAUAAUCGAUCAACCUUUUAAAGGUAGUUUUUUUUUUUGUAAACUCCCUGAAGUAUGUCGAAUAAUUAAACAUUAUGAUACUAUGUUGUUUGGCAUAUCGAGGAUGUCUCAAAAGUAGGAAAUAUCAUAACUUGCCUUUUUGAACAUUAUUUCUUCGCAUACUUCUAGGUGGCAACCAAUGUUUAUUAUUCUGCUAUCCUUAUGGAGAAGAAUUAUUUUAUUACUUUGGAAAAGCCCGAGAUGGGACACAGUGUUCCAAAGAACCCUACGGUGUCUGUGUACGUGGACGGUGCAAAGUAAGAAUGAAACUAUUAUACUCACAUCUAAUGCAAAAUAAGAACUCGGGUAUUCUUUUUUAGUUAAGACUUACUUUAUGGUUGGGCUGCUAAGAUAAAUAUUAAACAAGAAUGACGAAAAGUGAUGACGGUAUAGUUGUCAGUCAAUCCGUCGUUUUUGUUGCUGUUGUUGUUGCUGCUGUUUUCAUCCCAUUUUUAUUAAUAUAUUUUAUUGCCGUUUAUUUACCUUUAAUCUAUUUCAGUCCGUUGGAUGCGACUACAAACUCGACUCGGGAGUGUAUAUGGACAAAUGUCGAGUUUGUGGUGGAAAUUCUACGACGUGUCAGCCAAUGAGAGGAAGAAUUCAGAGGUCUCCAACACUUUUUGAACGAAUCUCAGGUAACUUGUGAGAGUUAAUUGCAAUGUUCUGAAAUCAUAAUUACUCGAUGAAUUCUUCACUUAUCAACUUCAGUUUAUCAUUCUGAUUCACACGCAAUGGCAGCUCUUCAGCAAGGCUAGAUUAUUUCUUAUCGAUUUAUUUUAGGAGAGAUUGGGGUGUGGGUAGAAGGGUUUAAACCUGCACAUAAAAUAGAAUCCAGGGGAGUAACUUUUUCAUACUGAGAGAAUUGAAAUCACAUCAGCCCUAGGACCCUCAUAGAUACAAAAUGUAAGGCAAAUUUUUUUGUAAACACAGAAGGUGAAAUGAAUAUUGUAAAAUUGUAUUGCUUUUUUUCCUCAAAUGAAGUUUUCAAUAUGAUCUAUGAUUGAAAUCCAACAGGCUACGCAGAUUUGAUGGUGAUACCUAAGGGGGCAACGAGUGUUCUGAUCACAGAUAAUACGUGGAACUACCUAGGUAAAUCGAUUACACUCAACAAUGAUUUCAUAAUCUGCCGGAAUCAUUGACUGAAUAACUGCGACUGACUGAUUCUCACUAACUCAAUGAGUCUGACUCCCACAGACUGACUGACUCUCUGAUUAAUGUCUUUGAUCUGACGAGGAGCUAACGCUCCAAACGUCAGCUUUGAAACUCUAUACGGUGGCCAAUUUACAUUAUUAAUUCAGUAAAUAAAACCAAAACUGUCUCGUCAUACUCCCCUACCAACGCACGCAGCCCCACAGUUUCUUUAUUCAUUUAACUCUCUGUCUUACUCACUCACUUACUGUCCUGCUGAGUCAUCGCCAGGUCAUCGACCUCAUAACUGACCGACUGAUUUAUCAACUGACUGAUAGGUUGGAAAACUUGUACUUCGAUAGAGUUAGCAGGCAAAAUUUGACAUUCUCUCUCUCUCUCUCUUUUUUUUUCUUUUUUUCUGUAUCUUUGUUUAUGCUAUCAACCACUUUGUGUUUAUCGUUUUGGACAACCUCAGCUCUCAAAAAACAAAAUGGUAACUAUGUUAUCAAUGGUAAUCGCAUCGUCAAUUGGUCUGGCAUAUUCAAAGUUGGUGAUGUCGAAGUGCAGUACGAUAGAAUCUCCAACAACAUUAGAGAGACGAUUGAGAUAACUGGGCCCACAAAAGAAGACAUUACUGUAAUGGUGAGCAUGAAAAAAUUUUUGUUUUCCCUAAGUAAGCACAUUAUACGAUUGAAGCCUUGCAAAGUAUCCUUUUUUGUUAUUUACUCAAGCUUUCUCUUAGGUAUUUACCCUGAUGUUUAAGAUCCUUUAAACAUACUGUUUAGAAGAUCUAAGGAGAUCUGCUCAGAGAUUGCUUAAGAUUGUAGUAAUAAUAAUAAUAAUAAUAAUAAAACGUUAGGCACUUACGAAGGUGAUACUUUGGCAAAGUCACAUGCCUAUUUGGUAAAACAAUAAAACUAUUUAAAAAUGCUUAAUUUUUAAUUACAAAUUUUAAAUUAUAUUUUUAAUUAUUUGUAUUUCCUUCAUUGAGCUUGUUACAACUUAUCAUUUCAAUAGAAUGCUUAGCAUAGGUUUUCGGUAUUUUUGCAUUAGCUGGACUUUAUAAAAAUUGUAGCGACUAACAUAUCAUUACAAAUCCGCAGUGUCUAUUAAUGGCGGGUAAGGUUAAUAUGAGCUUUGAGUACUGGAGAGCAGGUGGAGUUUACGCCGUUGGAGGUAUGUGUUAUUAGUCAUUAGUAGCUCAUAAAUAGGGAUAUGACCACUAUUUGACAUUUUUUAACCUUCAUUCUACGACUAAUCGACCUUUCCCUUGACCUCUAGCUUAAUUGCUUUUACGUGACAGUUGCUGUAUGUUCACAUGGCUCCCUGCGCUCAUAACAAUGUUAUCAGCGUCGUUUUGUUGUCAGCUACAGGGUUUUAUCCUCAGUGUUUCCUAGGCUGAUACACCCUUUAAUCGUGCUCCUUUCAGAAACACCGCAAGUUGGGAAGGAAAACCGCUUAACCUUACAAAUGGGCUGGGGAAGCUGGACUACCUGUUCCGCUUCCUGCGGAGGAGGAAUCAAAGUACGUUCACGAUACCGCGCUAUAGAGGCAGUUGCAUCAUUCCGUGACAAGGAGACUGAUGUCCAGAGAUGCAACACUGAACCGUGUCAUAUGAUGAAAGCCGCCUGGUCAGAGUGGGGUGAUUGGGAUGACUGCAGUGCUACUUGUGGAGGAGGAGCCAGGAUCAGGUUUCGAAACUGCAAGAAGCCCAGCGCCUCUUCCAGAUCUGGAUGCCCUGGAAAACCUUAUGCUGUGGAACAGUGCAACGCAGAGGAGUGUCCUAAAAAGGGUGGGUUUUGGAUUCCAUUUAACUUAAAUAGGAGGAUACAUUUCCUAGUUCAAAAGGGGAAUAGUGGCCUUUCCGUUGUGGUUUUGCUCUAAGUAUUUUCCUUUUCAUUUCGGCAGUAUCAAAAAAAUUAAAGCAGAAGCUCUCUACCUCAUCAAAGUCUUACUGGGAAUAGUAUGUGGACAAAUUUGUAGCCUCAGCGUGGCGUUUUGUUUAAGCAACAACGCUGAUUUUCCCGAUUAUAAGCAAACAGUGAAAACAAUCACAGUCAACUGCAAUACAUAAACGGCAAUGAAUAAAUCAAUAUUUGUUUCCAGUGUUUCAGAAUUGAGAUGCUUUUAUUUUUAUGCCUUUCUUCUUUCCUGAACAGAAACAAGGCCAGGUACGUCAAAAGUGCUAAAACACAGUUCAUCGUCGAUGGUGACCACAUCCUCGAAUCUGCACUCAAGGGAGUCUUCAGAAGGAAGGAAGAAACUAACAGAGUCGUUAAGAAGGCCACACGCCUCUAGAUUAAGCUCGGCUUCUCAAUAUCAUGAACGUCAUAAAACUUACACAGAGAAAUUAUCACAGGAUAUACUGCAGACUGUAUUUUCAAGAGGAAAGCAGGGGCAUUCUAUUUCUUAUACUAUGAAUACAUUACCAACUUCAAGGUCAAGACUUCUUUUUUCAUCAGAAAACCGGACCUCGACUGGUUACAUUAUUGGAUUUCCCACAAGAAGUCUGAAGGAGACUUCUACCUUAUCGAGUAAAUUCGUGCGUCUGCAAGUUACAUCAUUUUAUCACAAACAUACAUCGUCCGUGUCCCUAGCGAAAGAGAAACCAGAGUUGCUUACUUCGCCUAUAAGGAAAGGUACGCAUACCAAAAUCUUUUUACACAGUUCCUCAACGCCAUUACUUGAUGUUGGGGGAGGCUUAAGUGUAUUUUCUACAGGCACCUCAGUUCCAGCAAGUUAUGAAAUUGUUAGGCCGUCUGUGGGUUUUAUGACCACUUCCAAGGCGUCUAAUUUGCGAACAACUUCCAUAGGGUUGAAAGUCUCAUUACACAGUGGUGUUACACCUCGUCCGAGGGAAGUCAAUAAUCCCACUAUUUCCUUUGGAUAUGAAAGGAUAUCAAGUCAAGUUGACAGGAAUUCUGUUUUGGCUUCAUUCAGUAAAGAGACUAUUGAGCAACCAGUAUCGAUAUAUAGUAGGCAGGAAUUGGUAUCCAGCUCAAAAUUGAGUAGAGCUGAAAGGACUUCAUCACACCAAUACCCUGUUGACGUAAUGGGACUCAAAAGCCGCGAAAGAAAACAUCACUUAGUAACCUUAUCAUCGGCAAGUGGAUUCCGCACUGAGCCAUCUAUACUUUUAACCACGCCAUUAAAGAGAGUUCCAUCAAGUUCCAGGGAGACAUUGAACUCAUCUAUGAUAGACAUAAGAAGGAUUGAACUGCGCCUAGAAGGUUAUAGUGAUAUCACUUUGCAAAGUCGUAAGAAAACAAUUCUCUUAACAAAGAAUUUCAGUGCUAGCCAUGAUUCCCUACCUUUUGAGAUAACAGAAACACUUAGACCUGGUUCGUCAUCAACCAUGAAUGUUUUACCUUCUAGGCCAACAAGCUCUAAAGUAAUGCACGCAACAAGCGUGCUUGAAUUAUCAGAAAACACUACUUUAAGUCAAAUCUUGAAAAUAAGAUCAGAAUCUAAAUCGGUUUCCUCGACUCUCCAUCUGUUGUUUCCCCCAUGGCAAACCUUAACAGACUACCUCUUCCUACAUGGAUCAUCGAAACCAAUACCUCAGACGUCAAAGCUGAUGUCAUCUCAAAUAACUGAUUCAAGAAAGAUGGACGCAUCUUACAACAUGUCCAAACUUCAUUUUCUCCCUCUUAGAAGCUCCCCCGUUAGCAUCGCAACCUCGUCUCAAACGUUUGCGAGGACUUCAUUGUUAAAGCCACAAUUUCAAUCAACAUUUUCAAUUGAAAAGAACAUGGAAUACAAGUCAGCGUUUUCUAUAUCUGGUAUCUAUGAAUCCCCAAUCGUCACUAGAAAGAAUUCUGAUGAUUUUGCCUCAUCAACAUCGUCAUCAUUAUUCUCACUGUCAUACAUGAAGUUAAGUCAACCACUAAAAAGAAAUCCAAUGACCGAUUCACCUUCAGAGAAAGAUUCUCUUUCAAAAACAAAAAUAGCGGUAAUUUCAGAGCGCUUAGCAAGGACGUCACCUACAAAUCCAAGCGGACUAUUUUCUUCAGCGAAAGAAUCGAAGUCUCUGUCACUCUCUCAGGAAGACUACCCUUUUUUCAAAGUAACAGAUUUCUUGUCAUUUGGCCAGGAAACAAAAAGUCAAGCAGCAACUACUAGUAAACAACAUUUUUCGGAGUCGUCCACGCAAGCAACAAUGCCAUUAGUGGCGUCAUCUUUCAACACAUCAAUACUUCCGUCAGCUUCCUCGGCUGCUAGGAUAAUUUCGUCACCAUUGUCAGAUAUUUCGGGAAGUUCACUUUCAAGUAAAGAAAUAAAAUCAUCAAUUUCAUUGGGAUUAACCUCUAUAACAGAAACAGAGACCAUGGCCAUGAGUUAUUCAAAAUCGUCAUUGCUUUUAAGGCAGAUUCUGUUCUCAGUUAUGUCUUCAGAACUUACUCUGUCGUCACCGAGUACUCUCUCCUCACAAUACCGAGGCGUUACUUCCGCAAUGCCAGGAAAAGUCGGCGAACAUAUGCAGUCAUCUUUCUAUCCAAAAUCGAGCUCCACGAAGAAAGUGAAAGAAAGUGCAAAUCUUGCCAGAGGGUACAAAUUACACACGUUGUCAUCCCAGUUCAGCUCACAAGCUAACAUCAAAGCUACGUUUAUUCACCUAGAAUCUCUUGGAAGUCAUUUCCCAGAACAGCUAUUCCCAUCACCAACAUCUAUAGAUUCCACCUCAACAAAAAACAUGGAAGAAAAAAUUGGCACUUUGAAUUACUUAAAAUAUCCGCUACAAAAGCGUGACACACUAACAUCAAAGCAUGUUUCCCUUACCUCAAUGCCAGAACGAAGUCUCACGGAAGUCCUCGUGCAUUCUUUAAAAACGCCAUUAUUGCAAUCAGUGCUUAUUUCCAGGCAUUUACAGCUUUCUUCUUCAUUGCGAAAAGAGCAUGUGGCAAGUAAAAAGUUUUUCGCAACACCAGCUGUAUAUCCUUCCUCGCAGCAAUUUUUCUUAGGAAGAUACGAUAAGGGAAGAAUAAGUAAUACAGGUUCUCUCACAUUUUCGCCGUCAUCGCAACAUAUCCCGUCAUCAAUACCUCAUUUGAAUAGCCCAGAACAUGUAGGGGUUACUACAAAUUUUUUAUACUCUUCAAGAACUUCAUCAUCUCAUAAUGAAGCUCUUCCAUUGAUUUCACCGCAAGCUAGUCCGUCAUCAAUGAGUAAAGUUCUUCGAGGUCUACCAAUUAGCUCAACACUAAAGGAAGAAGCUAGUAGAGGUUUUAAGGAUUCCCUGAGAAUGUUCUCGUUGUCAUUAUCGUCCAUAGGAGAUAAUUCCAUCUCAAAAGAUGAGAGGUCGGUAAUUCCAACCUUCAGCUAUGCCGAAAUAGUCUCGUCGUUGAAGGAUCAGGAAUUAUCGCUAGAACGGCUACCUACCAAGAAAGCAGAAUCCACUAUAAACUUAAGAGGUUACUCGGAAAGUUCAUCGAAGCAGCCCUUUCUCUCUUUGAAAUCAUCCUACAGAAGCGGUCUGCCGCAGUCUCUCACUCUAUUUUCUAAGCAAGAUAACUCAGCUCCUGAAACAAAAAGCCAAUUGAGUUUUUCGAUAGCCUCUCCUUCGGUUGUGUCCUUGGGAUCUGGCUCAGCGGCAAGAAGUUAUGCCGCGGCAAGACGUUGGGAACAGGAUUCUGUAUCAAGACCAUUGCUAUUGCCUAAAUCGACAUCAUUAUCACCGACGCAGCUAAGCCGAACCAAGACACCUAAAUCACAAACCCUCAUGGUACACUCAUUCAGCGCCUCGUCAUCAACUAAAUUCACAACAUUUUCAUUGUCUCCAGAUGUGAUCGCGGUGCGGGACAAAACAGCGCUGGAAAGCUCAGUAAAAUAUCGAACAGGAGAUACCUUAACAAAAAUUCCCACGCUUAGACCAUACAGCUUCCUGAUAGAAGCACAAGGAAGUAGUAUUGUCAAAAAUUUCAAAACCUCUGAGCUAGAGCAGGAAAUAUUACUCUCAACUGUACAGUUUAAAUUGGUGAGCAAAAUCGCAACAGAAGCCAAAGAACCCCCAAGAAUAUCCUUCAGCAUACGUCCAAUGCCAUCAAUUAUAUCUCCACAGAGUAGCUUACACCCUGGAGUGCGAAUCACGAGACUAUGUAACGAUUCUUUCAAGACAAUGUAUGAGAUGCCCUCUUUUCCUCCUUUAAAGACAACCUCAGAAAUAAAUGUUGAGUACACUUCAAGCCUUUUGCAACAUCUUUCCUUGAAGUUUUCACCAGAUUCUACCUCCUCAGCGGACGCACAAUCCAUUGGAGGACAACUGCAUUCUUCGUCAAUGCAGCACAUUACGUUGUCGAAUAUUCCGCAGUCUAGCUCACCUGUACAACUAGACACCGUGAAAAGCAUUGUUGGGUCUUUGAAAAUGGCUCCUUCAUGGGAAACAGACGAAUCGCCUGUUGCUGCCCGGUUUAACUCCACUCAAAUAAGCAUAGCAAUCUUCAGUGAAAAUCUAUUGCGUUUCUCAUCGAGCAAACAAGUGUUAGCAUCAGCGUCUCGGCCAUCGAAUUCAUCGUUAAGACAUGAAGUCAGAGCGAGUGUAAAUAAAGCGCAUUCUAUAAAAAGCUCUCCAGCGGGACAACGCACAAUACCUCUUUCUCAGCAAUUGAGCUCGGCAGUGAAAGAACAGGACAUUACAAACCGAGUUUAUUCUAUUGCAUCAUUGUCAUGGAAAGCAAAGUUAAUGGCAGAAAAUUCAGUUUCACCGAAACCGUAUUCAACAGGGGAUGAAACUCUAUCGUUGCCAUCUUCGCCAGUACUCCCAAACUCCACAGUAAAAAGUACGCUAAGCACGAGGGAGUCAUUUGACAUUUUUUCUUCAAAGCAUGGAGUGUCAACAUCUUAUGUUCAGGGAAGUUCAAAUCCUAUUUCUGAGAUUACGAGGUGCAUGGAGGACUCAACAAAACCAAUCCCGGUAAGGCAUGCAAAGCCUUUGUCGCUUGCUUCAAUGAUCAGUUCUAGUCCAGAUAUGCAAUCUACGAGAAGCCUGCUAGUUUCCUCAACAACUCUAUUUUCCAGGAAUCACACGGUGAUGAUAUCUUCUCGAUUAACCUCAGAAAAACCCAUCACAAGCCUUCAGAAAUUGAAAACUCUUUCAAUCAGACGAGAAAAUGUAAUUUUAGUAAGUUCUUCACUCAGUGGAACUCAGUUUCAUUCCAAAAAACCAAAGGAUUCUUUAAGAGGUUUUUCACCUUCCAGGCAUGAGGCAUUCCCACCGUCUCAACAACGUAGGUCAUCUCUAAAAGAGGACGGCAUGAAAAGUCCCAUGGACAACUCAAUAAAAAUGUUAAGCCAUGAAGUCAUGUUAUUAAGCUUAUCCUAUGGUCAAGAGUGGCUAGAAAGUUCGAAUUUGCCUGUUUCGUCUACUUCUGAUAAGCAAACUCAAAGUUUCAGUUCAACGCAUUCCUUUCCGUCAACUUCAUCUUCAGCGGAGAAAAUCCUCCAGUCAACUACUGCUACUACUCAUACAACGAAUCCAGAAGGAACACGUAAGUGGUGUUACAAAGUUUCAUUUGCUGUUUUCUCCAUUUUUAAAAAAUUAGCGGAAAUUGUUGGCAUUUUGAGUUCAGAUUAAUUUUUUGCCGGAGUCAGUCUUUUAUAAUUCAACAAGCAAACAAACAAAGUCUUGGAUGCAGAUGAAAAUAUUGUUCACUCGUUGCCCAAUAGACCAGGAAAAGACACGUUUGUGCAUGACUGGCAAGCGAGAAAAGAAAAAAGAGUAUUUGAAAAUACAUGUACUUAUUAAUUAUCUUUUCAGCAACUCUCUGUCCUCGGUGCGGUUUGUCAGAGAGACUACACGAGAAGUACUGUUCAAGCGAUUUUGGUAAGUGAUUGUUCCCAUUGAGAAGUUUUCACGUAACAGGUCAAUUAUGGUAGAAUGAAAGCCACACGCAUAUUAAAUGCUCUCUUGUUUAGUAAUACUUAAGGCUUAGGCUCAGUCUACGUACCGUACAAGUCAGUUGCUCUCAACUUUGCACAGUCUCUGCAUGCUUUCGCUUUUCAACCUUGAGAUCUCGAACAAUUUUGGAGUCACAGAAAUAUACAGAUAUGAAGUAAAAUAAUAAAUCUUCCUGGCGAGCAGAUUACCUAAGGAUCUGAUUUCGAAUGGAGGAAGUUUCACAUAAUUGAGUCUUCACCAGAACCUUACAACGGAAUGAUUCUCAUCAAAAUACACACGGCAAAAGAAAACAUGAUUAAAAUUUAGAUCCUGAUCAAAAUUAACUAAAAAACGUAAAUCAUUAGAGGCCUAAAAGAUCACGGUACGUUUUUAAUUUUACCGUUUCGAACAAGAUCAUUUACCUCUCUUUAACUUUUUCGUAUCAACAGCUAUACUUGUUCGCGUUCGUACUGGGGCAGUCACGAACAGAAGUGAAUCCUCUCAUCUGACCAAAAUAAGAAGAAUAUUCAAGACGAAUAAACCAGUGAAAAAGAGGCCUGAGCUAAGGUUUACCAUCGGAGAUUGUAACUGCAGACCUGAUCUCUUGCUGAAGAGGGAUUAUUUUGUUUUUGGCAAUCAUGUGCCAUGGAACAGAACGAUAUCGAUCUUAGAAGUUAAUCAAGAUAGUUUCGUGGCUGAAUGGAAGGAGACAUUGGAGGAAGAAAUAAAACAGUUGGAAGGAAGAUGCUCGAGACACUCCACAAUUCCUACUCCACGAAUUUCAUCGACUGUCGCACACGUUACAAGUUCAUCUUUGCAUCACAAAAGAAAAUCAGUUUCUGAAGGUACGUUACCUGAUUCACUCUAAAUCUUAAUCACGUUUGAAACCUAGAAAAUGGUGUAACGUUUUUCAAUAACCUUAAACUUUCUUUUUUUAAAUACAGCUUUGUUGUCGACCCAUAGUACUCAAAUAGAAACACCUACUUCCCUAGUGACAACUGAAGGUGAGUAGAAGAAAGUCUUAAACUCAAUUUUUAUUGUCUAAUAGAGCAAUUUUCAGUUGAGGGUCUAAAUAAUCCGAGAUUGUUUCUUUUUUUUUUUGCUUAACUUCGCUCAGUGAUUGGUCCUAGAGAACUUGCACCACUUUCGCAACCAUUCAGUUUCAAGCACAAUAUCAAUCAGAACUUGGUCGCUCUCUUUUUCCCGCUCUUUAAGCAGGUUAACUUCUUUGCUUAAACCUUGGUUGUUUAUUAUUGUUGAUAGAUAAAUUCAAGUUCACUUCAGUUUCCAUUUGCAUUGAUUUGGUAAUUUGCAGAAAGUUGUGGCCCAUGUGGAAAUCUUUUCAGAAGGACCAGGGCGUACUGCACGAGCGACUUCGGUAAGUAAAUAUAUCACGGAGAUAUACUUUGUUCGUUUGUCUCACGAUAAAGUCGCUUUUGAUGUUGAUUGCCACGUUUCAACUGCAAUAUGGCUAGUCUUCAUCAGGCGGUGUGGUCGAUUGUUUACGUGUCGCUGUUUGUAGCACUUUGGCACGCUGCUAUUGGUGCAUUUCGAUCCUGAUUAUUAUUUCGGUUGUUCGAUAGUGUUCCCUCAUAGGUCCUUAUAAAUCAGCUGUUGUGUUGUUUGAUCGUGGGUAUUCAAGCCUAGGGAAUUUUGAUUCCCCUAUCCCUAUGGAUAUUUCUGGGAUAAAGUCUUAUAUGGAUAGCCUCUUUGACCCUACGUUUGUACAAUUGUGGGUCACUAUCAAUAACUAAACCUUGCUCCAAAUAGAAAUAUGCACCGUUUCUUUAGCGUGCUCCGAAACCGCAAAGGUCUGAGUAUGAGAAAACCGUAUGUCUCUACUUUUAGGAACUUUCUUUAGCUUGUUCAAAACCUUUUUUUUUUCUUUCAGUGGUUCAUGUUAGGAUCUUAACUGAAGCUAUCGACGAGUAUUCUCACGACACAAAAUAUCGCGUCCAACUGAUUCACAUUUUCAAACUUACCAAAGGCGUAACAACGAUAGGAACGGUCUGGAUACUAAACAAUUCAUGCCGUUGUCCAUUGCUUCUCCCUGGGAAACAGUACCUUCUUAUGGGUAGCUUAAGCUUCUCUGCGGCGAAAACUGAGCCAAAAGCAGAAAUAAAUAGGCAAAGCUACGUAGAGGAAUGGAGAAGAUCAAUGAUACGUCGACUACCACAAUUGCAUAAGAGGUGUUCUCCCUUUACUACAGAGAUGGUAAAAUUUCUAACAAAGACGUCUGCCAGGAUUACAAGUACGAAUAAGAUACUUUUUUCUUGCCCCAUGCUCAUUUAGAGCAUCAUGAUAGCCUCGUGUAACGCCGGGUUUCCCUUACUCUUGACCAAAUUCGAAUGACAUUUUUUUUAACGAAUAAUAACAUGAUAAAACUAGAGGUACUGAUAAGAAAAACAGUAAUGAUCAUAAUAACGAUAAAAAUGAUGGGGAUAAUGGUAACUUGAAUGAUGAUGAUGAUGACAGUAGUAAAUUGUGGCAGAAAAUAGAAGAUAAAGCAGACUCAGCUUUUCACAUAUUCGUCGUUUAUUGACAUCUUGCGCGUAACUUCUUUCAAAAAAAUGAUGCUUGGUUUUAUUUUACAGGUAUUGUAUUCUUAACUUUCUUUUCUAAUCAUCAGCCCAUUCACUCUUUUACUUUAGAAGUAAGUGCUUGGCAUAUUGUAAAAGAAUACCAAAAUGUUACUCAUAAGCUUCCAGAAUCUUUACUCUUAUUCCUACGAGUUCCGAUUAGACUUGUUCCAGGUGAUUAUAUUUUACUAAUUAACGUUUUAAUAUUUGUUUAUUCUUGAUCUACAAAACUGACUUUACAGGCACAAUUUUUUCGACAGCAACAGCAGAAGAAAUUACGACACAGCCGCCCGUCACACUACCAUCAACGGACCUACCGAGUGGUAAGAGAUAGAAAAUUUUCAUCAAAAGAAAAAAAAAACUCUAAACUUUAGAAGCGAAAUAUUAUGGAUUGGAUCUUUUUCUUUCUCUUCCUGGCCGAUCUAACUUCUUUCUCGAAGCAAUCAGUUUGAAAACGAAAACAAAUUUAUAGUUAAACGGUUUCUUUCAGUUUUUCUUUGACUAAGACCCCCCAGGUUAUCGCAUAUAACUAUUCUACACGUACUGUCCCUCUUGCCCCAAAAAACUUCGAAAUAUGUUUACUGCAAAUUACAUUCUGUGCCGGGCCAGUAGAGUCUAUUUCCUGUUACUCAAUACGAUUGAAAUGAAAAUUUUGUUGGACACUAACAAAUUCUAGCGACUAUAUCACAAAUUUAUUCCAAUUUUUUGACAGCAGCCUCUAGUUUUACAGCUUGACUAACGCCUGUUUUCUUGUCAUAUUAUUUCACAGAAAAAUGCCGUGCAUGUCAAAUAUCAAGGAAACGGAACAAAUACUAUUGUGACAGUGACUUUGGUAACACCUUCUGAUAUUUGUGUUCAUAUGUUACAAUUAAAAUACAAAUUUGCAGCCUAGAAUUUUAUACGUCCAGGAUUCAAUGUUAUAAAUCUUAUUUAACCAAACAUUAUCGAGCUGUUGUAGGAAUCGUACCAUCACCAACUUUCAAUUAAUUCCUUGUGCUCAACUAACGCUCAGCCCUAUUACUGAGUUCAAUAUGCAUGAGGUUUCAUUUUCACCUCAACUGUGUAUACAGUUUUUAGCAGUUUUAACCCAAAAUUGAUAAAAUUCCUAAUUUGAAUUUGACAGUUUUUUUUUUAUUUUCUUUGAAUUCCAGCUGUCCGAGCCAAAGUUUUGAAAGAAUCGUACAACGAAGUUCGUAAAGAAAGAAGAUAUCGAGUAAGGAUCAUUGCAGUGUUCAAAAGCAAAAGGAAACUGGAAAACCGAGAUGAUAUUUUUGUAUUUAAUGACUACUGCAACUGUCCUAAACUCCGAAUGAAAGAGCAGUAUGUAAUAAUGGGCAAAGAGGAAAGGAACACAGGACUAGAAGACCUUGGCUCAUACUCUCAACUAGUGAUUCCUCCAAGACCAUUUGUUUGGAAGUGGAGGCCAAGAAUGACUGCUGGACUCAGAUCGAUUAAAGACAUCUGUGGCAAUUAAGUAAAUCGCCAAAACUCAUUUCAAAGGCUUCCUUAACAUCCACAAAAGCAAAACAAAAAGGCGAGAUAUGGAGGCACAACAAUUCAUUGUUUUCUAUGAAUGCCUCGUCAUUCAAGAAACUAAUAUCUAAUGAAUUCAGUACCUGUUUUGUCUUGUGUGCGCGGUAAAAAGUCAUCCCUUUGUUUUCAUAUCGCAUCGAUGUGGCUCUAUAUAGCAACGUAGAACCAUUGCUGUCAGCCCAUCAUUGUAGUUUUUAAUAAUACAUCGACAACUCUGAAGAGCUACGUUCCGGUAGCAGAACAGCAAGGAUAACUUCAUUGAUUAUUUAAUAAAAGGAUCUUGAUUAU